AGCAGCAGUGUGUGAAUGUGGCAACCGAGGUAGACAGGGAGGGGUAGAUAGACUGACCAGACCUGGGAUUUUGUCUUUUUCCUUCAUUUUUUGUUUCCUACUGAGCCAAGGGUUUACAGUCUAUGUGACGCCUCGGUUGUUCACUUGUUUGUAGACGUGAAACCCCGACCGCUGCUGCCUUCCUCUGGGACUAACCGAUACCGUGAAACAGCCCAGAAGAAAGAAGGGAGAAACAACAUGGGGCGAUAAUAAAAAAGGUGUUGUGUUAUGAACCGACGAUGACUCUCUGGGAGGAUCCGUGAAGCCUAUUUAUUUUUAUUUAUUCCCCCCUCAUCUCUUUCCCUUGUGUCCAUCUUUUGUUGUUUUAUUUUAGAUUUUUCUGCCCCCUUGCUACUUUGGGAGGUUGUUUUUUAAAAGGAAAAGGAUACGUUACAAGAGGACUGAAGGAUGGACCAAGCCGGCAUCCUGAGAAAGUUUAUCCAGAGGGUGAAGGCCAUGAGCGAGGGGGACGAGGAGAGGGGAGAGGACAACUUCGGCAGCGACUUUAUGCGGUUACGGCGGCUAUCGACUAAAUACCGCACGGAGAAGAUCUACCCCACCAACGUAGGAGAGAAGGAGGAGAACGUGAAGAAGAACAGAUAUAAAGAUAUACUGCCAUUUGACCACACUAGGGUGAAGCUGGCAUUAAAAACGACCAAUAAUGACUCGGAUUACGUCAAUGCGAACUUCAUCAAGGGUAUGGAUGGCCCGGAGGCGUAUAUUGCAACUCAGGGCCCACUGCAGAACACUGUCAUCGACUUCUGGAGGAUGAACUGGGAGUAUAAUGUAGCUGUUAUUAUGAUGGCUUGUCGAGAGUUUGAGAUGGGAAGGAAAAAGUGUGAGCGGUAUUUCCCGCUGCUCGGGGAGGAGCCCAUGAGUUUUGGCCCCUUCAGAAUCUCCUGUGAGUCGGAGCAGGCCAGAACAGACUACUUCCUCAGGACUUUGACCGUGGAGAAUGAGAAUGAAACACGGAGGCUAACACAGUUCCAUUAUAUGAACUGGCCGGAUCACGAUGUUCCCUCGUCGUUUGACUCCAUACUGGAUAUGAUCGCACUGAUGAGGGAAUACCAAGAGAAUGACGAUGUUCCUAUAUGUGUGCACUGCAGUGCAGGCUGUGGGAGGACGGGGGCUAUCUGUGCUAUUGAUUACACAUGGAACCUUCUUAAAGCUGGGAAAAUCCCAGAAGAUUUUAAUGUUUUUCGGUUGAUCCAAGAGAUGAGGACGCAACGACACUCUGCUGUUCAGACCAAGGAGCAGUACGAGUUAGUCCACAGAGCGAUCGCCCAGCUCUUUGAAAAACAACUGCAGCUACUGGAGAGCCCCGCCAACACGCAGAUACACGAUGGCAUGGAUGAAAGCAGUCCAGAUAAAACGAGCCAGCAGUCAGACGAUGAGAGAUGGGACACACCGCCUCCGAAACCUCCCCGCAUACGCAGUGCCCAGACAGAAGGGGAUGUGAAGGAGGAGAUACUCCAGCCGCCAGAGCCUCACCCAGUCCCCCCUAUCCUGACCCCGUCUCCCCCUUCAGCUUUCCCCACCGUCACGAACGUACGGCAGGACAACGACCGCUACCACCCCAAACCUGUCAUACACGUCCUGGCUACACAGAAUAAAGACGCAGACCAGCAGCAGAACAAAUCUGAACCCGGUGAGAACAAGCAGAGCAGUCCCUCAGAGCAGAAAGACCAACAUCUACACAGUGGGAAACAGCCGACAAAUCUCGAUCUCAACGACAACUAUAACAACAAAUCCACAUCCACGAAAUUGGAGUCGGGCCAGACUCAGACCCCCUCAUCGCCGCUUUCCCCGGCCGUUGUGGAAUGUUCCGGCGUUCCUCGGAUCGAGAGGAAGCUGAGCAUUGAGAUUAAGAAGGUGCCGUUGCAGGAAGGACCUCGUAGUUUUGACACUUCCUCUUCCAUGGGUGUAGCAGGCGGAGCAGGCAGCGGGUCGGCCAAUAACGCAGGAGUGCUGCAGAGAAGCCACGCCUUCAAAGCCCGCUCUGGCCAAUCCCUGCUCACUUCUAGCUCUUCGCUGUCGGAGGACUCGGGCACGGAGGGAGGAGCCGGUGGGUGUGGGGAGGGUCAUGCAGAAGUCCUCGCCAGACCAAACCACCUCCCCGUGAGGAGCGAGAAGGGGGAGGCGCUCGGAGGGGAGAAACUGGAGGGGAAGGCUGGCCACGCGGCGUGGAGUCAGGCCUGCAACAGCCCCGACAAACACUUCCCCAAAACCUCCUCGUCGUCCUCCUCCUCAGACCGCGCAGCUCCCUCCUCCUCCUCCUCCUCCUCCCACCUCUCCUCCUCCUCUUCCUCCUCCUCCUCCACUCCCGUUAGGACUGCCCUGAGCUUCACCAACCCCCUGCACUCUGAUAACUCGGAAGAGGAGGGGGACGGCGAGAUGUCCGGAGGAAACGAGGGAUACCGUACUAAUGUAUCCCUGGCAACAGCCGUGGUAACCGCAUCCCCUCACCAUGGAGACCAGCUGCCGGUCCGGAAGGUGUCGUCCAUGUCCAUCGCAGGGCAGGGUUCUCCGUCAGCCACAGCAAACUGCUGGGACAGCGACGACUCCCCUCCCCCCCUCCCUGCGAGAACCCCUGAGUCCUUCCUGCUGGCCACAGACCCCCAGGAGGUGAAGUCGUCAGCCUCAGCAGGGUGGAGCGGUUCAAACAAAGACGUGUCGGAGUGUGUUAAGAAGACGUCUCCAGCUGACCCCACAUCUGCUGGCACCACGGCAACAGACAGCAAGGCAGAGCUGGGUGGGGUUCGGUAACCGCUGCAUUCAGCCCAAAGGCCCACGGGAACCCCCACUGGAGUGGACAUGAUGGAACGAUCCAUCCACCCCGUCCACCUACAGUGUCCUCCCCCACCACCCCCCUCCCGUCAGGAGAUGGACUCUCACCUGGCUGGUCCAAAAAAAAAAAACCUAGUUGAUAGAUGCUGCACAGACUGACGGCACGCUUUCACAUAGAAACACCUUCUGUGUGUCUCUGUGCUCCUCCUCCUCCUCCUCCUCCUCCUCCUCCUCCUCCUCCUCCCCCUCCUCCUCCUCAGUCCUCAAAGUGCCACUGUGCAGAGCAGACGAACACUCACUGGUUUUCCUGUUCAGCUUGCUGACGUUAGAAGUUCCCCAGCUCUAGAUGCUGACCAGUUCCUGUCCCCCUGCUGUUGCUGAUUUGAGAAUAGAUAUUAAAGCUUAUUGUUGUGUCCCGCGCUUCGAUUGCAUCAUCAAAACGUGCGAGGCUAAAUACAGAGGUAUGAGGAGUACCCCUCACGUGUUAAAUGAGGGGGGAAGUACGAUCCUAAAUCAGGAAUGAUCUUUAAUCAGAAGCUACUGUGGGAAGCCAACUCCUGAACUCCCAGAAGGGGUCUGCUUCCUCCUACUGAAUGAACAACAAUCUUCAAAGCGAACCGAGAUAAUCUGUUACCCAUGAUGCAACCUUUUCUGUUGGGUGUGCACAGGUUGCCGGGGCGCUCUCUCUCUCUCCCCUCUCUGUGUGCUGGUGCUACUAUAAAAGAUCAGCAUAGAAACAGAGCACUCGAGUUUCCACCUUUUACCCGUCUCACCUCCAUCAGGGUUUCUGGUGGGGUUUAUUCCUGUGUUAGCUGCAGUAUUAUCGAUUUCUAUGCUGACUUCCCUUUUUCCCAGAGUCAUAGGUUGACUCAGUUUGGUCAUUGCAGUUGUCAAUAACAGCCUUAUUAAAGGAAUUGAUCUUCAUUUUUGAUUUUUUUAUACCAUUCUUUGUCUGCAUGUAUACCAAGAGGCUUUUGGUUUAGCAUAAAGACUAGCCACGAAUAUAUUUGUUUCCCCCUUCUAGAGCCUGGCUUGCUUUUUAUCCAGCGUUUAUGCUCAGCUAAGCUAACCAGCUAUUAGCUGUAGCCUCAGAUAUACAGUGCAGAUAUGAGUGGUAUCAAACUUCUCUAACUCUAUAAACAAUUGCAGUUUCCAAAUUGUCGAACCAUUCCUUUAAAUAUCUGCUUACUUUAUGGGUCAUGCUGCGAUGGAAAGCAGAUCUUACUGCUUAAAUACUGACAAUUAAAGGAGUUCUGUAACAGCUGACCAUUACACUGCUACACUUGCAAUUGCAAACCAAAGAGUGAUUUCCUCUGCUCAAAGAAUGAACAACAAACAAUAAAGACUAGUUGAUAUGAAAAACACGGACAUGUUUCCUACAAUAUUUAAUGCUAAAUCCUGCCCAGGAAUUCAGCUUUUUCCAGUCACCACAGGGUCAAAAUGACCUGAAAACACAUCCGUAAUGACCAAACUGCUCAGCUGUGACUCUGCCCUCACUGCUGGGACCAUGAGCCUGCCUUAGUCCGCCUCUCGGAGGAGACAGCCCCUCCUCACCUGGCUUCUCUCUUCACCCUAUUCCUGGGACACAAUUUACUGUUGGUUUUUGUUUUUCCCCUCGGCACUGUUGUUUUCCUGCUGUUUUUUGAUCUCAUUCUCCCUGGAAUAUUGGGCGGUCAAAGUUUUUUUUAUUUUAGCAGCCUAUAUUACUUCCAGUAAACCUCAGUGUUUCAGAGUGUUCCUCUGACGGGACAGAUUGAUAUAAAGUCUGAUUUCCCACGGCAAACUCUUACAGACUUGAAUGUUUUUUCCAAUCUAAAGAUCAUACAGUUCCUGCUUCCAUAUGUGUGAGACAAUGAUGAUAGGGACCCAGGACUACUGCUCACUGUUCUCUGCUAACUCCAUACCUAUACAUGAUAUGCAUUACGUUUUAUAAAGAUACAACCUGUACAGGGCAGUUAGGUAUAUAAUAUUUCAGAUUGUUUUGUUAUCUCUUAAAUAUUCUUAUUAACAGAAGAUGUAAGAAAGUCAGUGCAUGAUGAUGAUGAUGAUGAUGAUGAUGAUGACCCCCCCCCCUCCACAGUGUUUCCCUUCAGACUGUAAAUUAUUCUGCUGCCCUUUUUUUGUUUAUUUUUGCUCCUGGCAAACAUUUCAGGGUUGUUUUUAUUUGUACUGUUCAAGUGACAUGCUUAAAAAGAUUUUAGAUGGUUGGCAGAGGAUUAGCAUUGCCGCCCCCCCCCCCCCCCCCCCCCCUCAAACAGCUACAACGGGCUUUGAAUAAGAUUGUAAUAAUAAUAUUGAUGAUGAUAAUAAUAACGGCUGUUUUUUUUUGUAAAUGGUAUUUUAAAAGUUAUUUUUGUAUACGCGGUUGUUUGUUGUCCACUGCUCCCCACUCCUCUCUUCCCCCCCGCACCUCAUUUAUCUGUCUCUCCGCUCUUUGAAUGUAGAACAGAGAUGGAUCUCUCACUCUGAACAAGGAGCAGCUCAUUACUUUUCUUUCAUACUUCCCCUGCUGUGUUCUCUCCUUUUACUCCCCUCCCCUCCCUUCCCCCCCCCUCAUCUCUGCCUUCUUUACAUUUUUUAAAGGAUGUAUUUUUCAACACAUCCAUGCACCAGGAGAUCGGUUCAUUUAAGCAAUGCCACUUGCUUUCAGCGGCUAAAGUGCCAGCUGAAUUACGGACGUGCUGAGGAGGAAAACCUUUUAAAACAACCUUUCGUUCUGUGUGUGUCCCCCCACCCCUCCUGACCCCAUCACAUGCACAUUAUCUCAGAAAAGAGCCCACCUGUGCCUUUAAGUGAGAGCCCGCCCUCCCCUUCUCCCCUCUCCUCCAAUCAUCAUUAGCGCCGUGAGCGUGAGCGAUUUAAUUCGCUGCUGCUUGCUCAUCGCUUCCUGUGGGACUCUCGUUCAGUCCCACACACACUUUGUGCUCCUCCUUACACACACAUAAACACACACAGCCCCAAAAUGUUUGUAUGUUGCAGAAAUCAAUCAGUAAAGAUGACCAUUAAGUGAA